AUGUAUUGGGUGGUACCUUCCCUAUAGGGGAGUAGAUGUCCUAUUAUAUGAUACCUUGGUGGACUAAUUUGGUUCUAUUCACCUUGAGCUAUGAUACCUUGGUGGGCUCUUCUCCAUUCACCGUUUCAACCGCACAUUCGUUUGGCUCCAGGUAAUUCAACUUAUAAUCAGAACUCCACCGAUCCACCGCUAACCCUCCUCAAACCUUCUUCUACCUUCCAUCAGGUCAAUGUCUGUGUGUGGUAAUUACAUUAGCUGCUUCCACCAUUCUUCCACUUUUCAUUCUAUCAUCCACCGAUUCCCAUUUUCCCAAAAACCCACCGGCUCCCGUUCUCCAUCGACUUCCAAAAGCCCUAAAUCAAGAAGUCGUAUAAUUUCUUCCCCGGUGGUUCUAAAUUGAUAAACGUUUGUUGAUUGCAAGGGUUUAUAUCUACUUCUUGCCUUCCCCACUGCUCACCUUCUUCAUAAGAACGUCGACAGAGACACCAAAAUCGCUAAAUUGGAGUUGCCCAGAUCACUCACCUUUAAUCAUUACCUGUGUACCCUCUAUCAAUCUAUCAAUGGCUAUAUAUCAAUUACGAGGUGAACAACAGGAUACGUUAUGGCACUGCUUCCCCUUAUCGUAUUCUCCCUAGCCCCGCCUUCUAUUUAGGGAUCGAGUUGUUCCAACAACACAAAAGCGUUGAAAAGGGUCGAAUUCUCGAUUUCAAUGUAUUCUCCCCGAUUAACGGUUCGACCUAAACAACACUGUCGAUUUUCCCAUCAAAGAUCCGGAUGGCCUUUUCUCCGAGCAAACACCGUGUUAACGCUGUCGGCAAUGGAGACCAGAAAGAUGUCGGUGGUGAAGUGGGCGAUGAACCUGCCGAACAGUUCGAAACCGGGGACUCCAAGAACAACGUCGUUGGAUAGUGAAAUUAGCCCUAAAAGCAUGGCGUCAGAUUCUAGGUCGGAAUCUCCUCAACAUCUAACUUUGCGUCAGAGAAUUUGA